UAGAAUAUCUCCAGCCCCCGCUCGUGGAACUGCUUGGCAAAAGGCCGUUCCUCUCUUCGCAGCUGAAAAUAAUAUACGCACUAACACAACCGUAGCGUUUAGUCAUCGUCCGCCUCAGCCAACCAAGGGUGGUACAGAAGGGACAGCGGCAGAGCCGUGUUUUGUUUUUAGACUUCAACUUUCUGGGUGAGAAGUGCGAAAGUGGCGGAAGGGAGCGGAGUCCGCCUUCGCUUGAUUACUAGUGCUAGCGCAGAUUAUGGUCAGUCUGAUCAGAAACUUCGGCUCAAACACGUUUUCCUCCCGUCGGGUUGUUUUUCUUUAGUUCAUUUCGUGUUGUUUUUCUUUUUGCGUAUCGCUCGCGUCUGUGCUUGCAGGGAGGUCGUUUCUUCGAAGAUUCCACCAGGAUGGACGAUAGCAACACGAUGUUGGAUCCGAUUUUGUCCACCGAGGACAAUGACGGUUUCCGGCCACUGCGAACCGUGCCGGCUUUCAGCUUCCAUCUGCUGGUCUCGAGUUGCAUCUCGCUGACCGGAAUAAUCCUGGCCGCCACCUGGGAGGACAGCUGUCGCUGCGAAGCUUAUUUCAUAAUGCUGUAUCUGAGAGCCGCCUUCUGGUUGAUCACCUAUCUUUUCGACCAUUUCGUAAGGAAUCGCCACGAGAAGCUCCGUCUGGACGGAUAUCACGAUUUCCACCGAUCCACCGCCCAGCAUCGCUCGGUACCGCUGCAGAUCGUAUCGCUGUGGAAUACGUUCUUGUUGGCAAUCCAAACGUUGAUCCAACAUUACUACGGAGAUAGCUUUGCCGAGAAGUGUGCCGUGGUGGGACUGCUGUCACCGAUCGUCUAUAUCACGUUGUUCAGCUCGCUCGAAACGGUUGUAUUUGGAGUCGUGCAUGGACUGUAUAUUGCCAAAGUGGUUCGGUUCAACCGAAUGGCACCCCCGCCGGAUGCGCUGCAGGGAUCGCAGAGUCACAGCAGCGGCUCGCUCGGUCUGACCCAGCGUGGGCUUAGCACUGCUGAGCUACUCGAAAAACAGGCCGAUCUUAUCAACUAUCUGAAGGAUCACAACCUUAAGUUGAACCAGAAGAUCAUGCAAAUGAACGCACAGGUACAGACGGUUACCUACCCGCCGUUUGCGAACAACUAGGAUCCUAAGUAGGAUGCGCAGAUUGAGGUAAGAUUGAUUUUACUCUUGAGCUUUUCCAUGCAGAGACGAACUUUUUUUCCGGACUGGAUGAAUGAGAGGAGGUAAAACAGAAAACUAAUUGGACUGAUCGUUUUGUUAAGGUUGUAGUUAAGGCCAGUUGUAGUAGAUAAUGAUUGUGAUGAGA